AUGGAUGGCCCUUACGAAUUACCAGUAGUAACAUUUGAAAGUUGUAAGGGACCCAAAAAAAGUAAUUUGACCUCAGUUUCAUCGUCUGUGAUCCGUGAUGAAAAGGGCGAGUGGAUUUUUUCUUUUAAUUUGACGAUUUUGGAAGAAGUUAAAUUAGACCAGAUAAAAAUUACGACCUUUUCUUUAAAAAACAACAAAAGGAACUUAUUAUACGCAUACAAACUAAAAGAACCGUGCAAACACUUUUUGUUCGCCAGCAUUAUAGAAUCAAAAUUCAAUGCAGUCAAUUGCCGUGUUAAGAAGGGUUUAUAUGGUCUGAACCUGAAUAUGAGUGAAAUAUUGAGAUCAUUUCUUGGCACCUCCUUUUUUUAUGGAGAGUAUUUAUUUAAAACGCAUAUAACUACGAAAACUGGAAACCUGUUUUGCAGCGAGUCAUCCACGCAAUUCUCAAAGAAGGGGGAAACGGCAGUGGCAUCUUUUCAAUCGGACUGAGGCGGCUGACUCAGUGGUACUAGAAAUUCUGCUAAUAUACGUAUACGUCAAAGAGAUAUAUGUCCGAAAUGUUGUCUCCAUUGUAUUAUGAAACGGCAGCAUUUAUCUGUUUAAUUUAUAUAUAUUUUUGGAUCGAAUAUAAAAUAUAAAAAAUAUUCUUUAUUAAAUAGCAUUUUUCACAAUACACAAUAUCACUAAAUUCUCGUAUUAAAAGUGAAUCCGAAGAAGAAAAAAGGAUAAUGCCUGUAUUUAAUGACUUAAAGAAAAAAAUAAAAAGAUUUUUAAAUUUUGAAACAUAAAAUUAAACUAAGCUAAAAAAACUGAAUGGCGCGAUGAAAGCCUUAUCAAACACCACCACCACAUUUACCUUGACACAAACUUUUCAGAACUUAUUCAUUGAAAACCCCGAUCACCUUCAAUUAUUAGGUAUUCUCAUAACUUUACUUUAGGUGUCCA